AUGAAAUCUUUAAGACUCAAAUCGAGUCAACCUCGAAAGAUAUUAAACGUGAAACCGUCGAAAUACGAAGCGGCUGGAGCGAUACACUCUAACAAAAAAUAUUGGAACGGUAUAUUCCACAUUUUGGAUAAUGCCAAUAAUGAACCGAUUAACGGAGGUGAAAUAAUUUCCUUAUCAGAAGCUCUUCCCCAAGACUUGUUUGAAAAAGUCUGUAAAAUUCUUAACAUAGCGCCAACAAGCACUGAAUUCGAUACUGAUAAUGAGAAAGAAGGAAAUCAAAAACGUUGGAUAACGAAAAUUCCGUUGCUCUCAAAGCGAAAAACCUUUGAAGUCGAUAGAGAAUUGGAAUCGGAUACUGAUGUAGAAAUACAUAGCAGUAAUGAAGAGAAAGGUGAUAAGUUGAAUAUUCAUCAAGAGUUUCUUCGGAAGCCAGUACGAGAGCAAAUUACCUGGUCUACCCGGUACCUCCAACCUGAACAGGAACACGAGAAAACCUUGGUUAAAAAGGCAGACGACCUCACAGAUAGAAUAGCCAACGAAUUCUGUGAUUACAUGAAAGAGCUAGGAGGUGAUCAACAGUCGCAGUUGUUUACACCGAGGGCAAUAAAAGAACUUUUUCAGAUUGAAUUUGACACCCACGUCGCAAGAAGUCUCAAAGUAGAGCCAAAAGAACUUCCCUCAAUCGAUGAAAGAAUCGCGACUGUUACUGGUAAUGCGGAGAAGUCACGCUACGCAGCCCUUGACCGUGAAAUAUCAAAGGACAUUAAAGCAGAGCGACGACCCAACAAUGUGAAAAGUUUCGCACGCUCAUUACCAAGGCACGAACAAUGGAGAACUCCUCAAAAUGACACCAAGAAUCAGUGGAAAUCAGCGCGACACGUGCCCAAAGAUCUUGUUACUUUAAAAACUGUUUGGGAAGGGAUUACGAACCUUAGAAGCGUAAAAGAAUAUUGUCGUUGGAUGAUCGAACACCCAGAAUAUCGUCGCGCUCCGUACUUGAACAGUCUCGGAAUGUUCGACACAGCUGUUUUGGACGCUAGACUUACUUUCGAACUACAAGAUUCUACCCCUCCAAUAUCCCAUACGGAAAUCCCAGCUCCUAUCGAACAUAUUCGCAAACGACUUUCAGACUUGAUGGAUUCAAAUUAA